AUGACAAAUGUUAUAGAGUGCACUUUCAAGACCCCUCCUGCUACUUCAAAACUUCCCGACAAUGCUGUUAUUUGGAAUCAGUUUCAAUAUAGUGAUGAAAAAGGGUGGUAUUCUAUAUCAAAUCAUGAAGAAAUAGCUUUGAGACCUACUGUGUUCAAUGAUGGAAGAAUUAAGUUUUUGCCACAGUUAGAAAAGGUACCCUCUGAAUUUGAUACUAUUUUAAGUGGGAAAUAUGAUGCUAAAGCUUGGGGCAAAGAAGACUGCAAUAUUGUUAUUGAAGGUGAAAAAGAUGUACAUAUUAGUAUACCAGGAAUAAAAGAAAAGAUAAAUUAUAACCAUAGAGAAAGAUUUCCAACCUUUUUGAAAAAUUGGAAAAUUAUUUUAAGUAUGCUAAAUGAACAUGUUACAUUAAUACGUAUAAAUUCAGAAACAGCAUUAGUCAUAAGUAUAAAUGACAAAAAUAAUGUAACUGUUAAAUCAGUAGAUUUUAACAAUGGAUUUUUAUGUGUUAAUCCACAUACUAAUUUAGCUAUUGCUUAUGGAGGUUUCGCUUUGAGCGGACUUAAAAAUUGUGAACUUGUUCCAAGUAUUACACAUGAAGGAGGAGAGUGGGGAUUUUUUGUUCAUUUAUUUAAAUGGGGGCAUAUUAUUAUACCAAAAGAUAUCGAGAUCAAAUUACCUGCACCUGGAUUAAAGUUAAUUGGUAAAAAAAUUGACACCAUUGCAAUUAUUUCCCUUCCUCCAAAUAUAUAUAUUCAGGUAAAAAUUGAUGGACCCAAAUGUUUAAGGAAAUUAGAGUAUGGCCAAGAUUACAGUAUUACAGCAUUGAAAAGUAGUGAAUCAGAUAUUGAUAUUUAUUUACUAUUUGAUGGAAAAUUAUUAAAAUAUGAAUUUUCUUUUGACACUAGAUUAAACAAACCAGGAAAGGGCAGAAGUAUAAAUUAUGCAAAAUUAAAAUGUACAAAUAAGAGUAAGGAAGUCACUUCAUUUAUUUUUCAAGAAACACCUAACUGCAAAUUAUUGUUAAAUUCUAAUUGCCCAAGUGAAAAUUUAGGCCACUUGCUAUGCAAUCAAACUAUAUCCAUAUUUGAUGCAGAAACAGGUGAAUACCUAAGUCACCCACAAGGUCUUCAAUUAACCGACGUUUUCACUAAGUUAUCUUAUCCCAUAGAAAAGGACUAA